AUGCGCGGUGUGUUGCCUGGUUACACGUACGCCCAAGUGCGGAUCGCAGGGGUCGCUAGGCAAUUCUCUCGGGUCCGCUUUGAGACAAAAGCAGAGGAAGAGAUGAUGGUAAACAAGACUGAUCCUUGUUCUGAAAUGUCGCAUUUAAAGCUGUCUAGUGACCAUUCAGAUUCACUUUCAGCUUUGCUCACAAUCAUAAGGGAAAAUGGAGUUUUUGUACGCCCUAUGAAAAGGCAUAGCUGUGAGCUGGUGGACACACCACUGCCCUGCGUGACUAAGGCUCUUUCUCACAUUGAACAGCUGGAACAAAAAAUUAAAGAGUGCUUUCUGCAGCAUGAAUACAGAGUACAGAAAAGUGACAAUAAAUGUGUUUCAUAUGUGGCUUGUGAGGACAGUAUCAAAAGUGGUUCACCAGAGGCUCAAUACUUACAUAUUAGAGGAUUUGGGUUAAGUGAUAAAGAUUGCCAACAAGAUGGAAAUGUAGUUUUUAGGAGAGACACAGAAAAUGUAAUUUCAGAAGUUGCAGAACUGAUUUGGCACUUAGAAGCUGACCGUCAAGAAGCAGAAGCAUUGUUGAAACUAGAAAAAAAGAAGCAGACAGCUCUUACUGAAAAAAUCGAUGGACUCUCUUUGUGGAAAUGCAGUCAUCUUCCUGAAGCUGUUCAGAAGGAGUAUGAAAACUGUGCUCAGGAUAUCUCUGAGCUACAGUGGCACAUCUCAUGUAAACAACAAGAGCUAGAAAGUGCACAGAGCAAAGCUGCCAAGACAGAGGCAGUCAAUGCAAGAAUGCAAGAGGAAAUCGACUUUAUUAAGAAACACAGCCCUCUGCUGGAAGGCAAGCUGAAGCUCGAGACUGAAGCUAUAAAUAAAAUAAGACAAGCUCAAGCAGAGGCAACAGUCCUGCUUUUUGAAGCAAAAGACAAAUGUACAUCUGCUCUGAUGAGCUUUGACCAAGCUACAUCAGAAGCCAACAAAGAGAGAACAAACAUGAGAGCUGAACUUGAUAAACUGGAGAGAGAUCUUCAGUCAUGCAAGGAUAACUUAAUGUGCUCUAAGAAAACAUGGGAUGAAUACAAUUCAAAGAUAUCAUUUACAGAGGAAAAGAUUGCUAAAAGUAAAAAUCUUCUCAUUGACCUGACAAAUGAAAAGCAGACUUUAAAUGGAAGCGAAACAUCAUGGAACCAGCAAGUAACUGAUCUGAAAUAUGAGUUAGAAGAACAAGAAAUUAAAAACAAGGAUCUUGGAACUGAGUGUUCAAAGCUGUCACAAGAAGCUGAGCUCACAAAAUCUGAUAUUAAUUCUCAACUAUCACAUCUUGAAAAUCUUCUUCAUAACAAGCUUCAUGCCAUGAGAGAUCUGGAAUAUCAGAAUAGGACACUUAUGCUGGAAAAUGAAGACCUAUCAACAAAAAUAAAAAACAGCUCCAAAGCAAGAGCCAACCAUGAAGCAGAUAUUAUACGUAUGCAAAAAAAUCUCCUUGCAGAUGAAGAACAAAUAUUAAAAGUGACACAAGAUCUCUCUCAGUUGUCUCUGAGACACACAGCAUUGCAAACCUUGCUAGCAGAUGCAGAAGAUCGGUCAUUUAGGGAAGAGACACGUCUGAAGAACCUGCUUGAUGUACUAAGAAAACAAAUCAUGGAUCAAACCAGAACAAGCCAACAGACCCAGGCACAGAUUACAGCAAUUAUGGCAAAUAUGCAACAAAGCAAAAAAGAAAGUGAGAAAAUUAGAGAAGAACUGCAAAAGGCUGUUGAAGAGGUUGAAGCACUCACUGCUAACUUGAAGCCCAAAAUCCAUAAAUUAAGAGAUCUGCACAAUAUAAAGUCUGAGAAGCGGAAACAUUUACUACAGAAAAAGCAGGAUUUCAAAGAGAAAUUUAAUGUAACAAGUCAGCAGCUAGGACACAAAAGGGACACCCUGAAACAACAAUUAAGUGAUACACAGAACCAGCUGUCCCAGGUUUCUGAGCAAAUAAAAAAUACUAUGGAAAAAACAGAUCAAUUCCUCUUGGGAGCAGAAGAUUUAAUAAAGUAUGGAAUUAUAAUUGAAAAUGCAAAAAGAUCAACUAGAGCGUCAGUCACAAAGUUACAAGAAGAAUAUAAUAUACUGGAGGCCAAAUUAAAAAAUGCAAAAGAUUUAUCAGAACAUAUCACUAAAGAAGUUGAGAGGUGUACUGAACGUUUACAAAAGGAAAAGGAAGAUUAUGAGACACAAAUACACACCAGACAGGAGAAUGAAAAACAACUUAAAGCAAUGCUUGAGGCUUCACUUAAAGAAAACCUACAGUUGGCUAAAGACUAUCAGACACUGCAAAUGCAUUCAUUGAAUGAAAAAGACAAACUAUCUGUCAGCUAUGAAAAGCGGCUAAAAGUGGAAUCCUCCUUGCGAGACUACUUACAGAUCUCGGUGCUGCAGAGCAGGAUGCACAGGGCUUUGGUGGAGUUCUUCAAACAACGAGGCCUCUAUAGCCAAGCGGGGCUGGCCACCUUCCAGGCUGCCUCUCAGGAGAACGCUCUGAAAAUAUUAGCUGUGCAGGAGACAAUGUCACAAACAAUUCAGCGCGUCUCUGCGUUCCUUACCUCCUUGGCAGAUGGCUUGCCCAGUGAAGAAGCUAAAGAAAACAACCAGCCUGUCUCAGAUGCUGAAACAAAAGACACGUAAAGUCACACAGUUCAGAUAACAGUGUAAUUGGACAUUCACCUGUUUGCCAUUUCACACUUCUAUGGACGGCAAACUCUCCGCCGUCCCGGCAUGCCUUGCCAUCAUUUUACUUACAGCAAAUCCAUAACAAUGAAACAGGUGACUUUCAUGCUGCUGUCAGGAACGAUCUAAUUUCAGCUCUGGGUGACUGAUUGCAAUUGGCUUUGCCUCAUCUGAUAAUUAAUCUAUGUCACCAUUAAUUGGAAGAGAGAAUAAUUACUGGCGGUGUUGACAGUGACUGUACGCUUCCCCAGAUUUCCCCAUUGCGUUGGCCCGAAUAAAGGCUACGCGAAUGAGUACUUAAAGUUUAUGUAAACUAUAAAAAUCCCAGUACCCAUGUGAUUGUGCGCCAUUCUGUGCCUUGCCCCUUUGUUUGCGUGUUGUUCUGUUUACUGGCCCUUUAUUUCUCUUUCGUUCCAUGGGAGCUGUCUCUCUCAAUCACUCUUCAGUGUUCUAUCUUAAUUUUGAAAAAGUUUAAAGUUUUCAAUGAGCUGGAGAUGAAUGAUUAAUGAAUAAAUUUAAAUGCUUCAUUUUGUCCAUG